AUGGAUAGGAUCAGUUUGUUACCGGACUCUAUCCUCUGCGACAUUCUCUCUUACCUCCCAACAAAAGAAGCUGUGACCACUAGCAUCCUCUCUCGCAGGUGGCGUCAUGUUUGGAAGGAUCUCCAAGUCCUUGACAUAGAUGAUACACCCUUUUACUCCUUUCUGAAAUGGGAAGAUCGAUUUCGUUCGUAUGUGAAUGCUAUUCUAACUCAGCGCAACGUAGAUUACCCCAUUGAAAGAUUCCGCUUCACUUGCUAUCAAAUUUCACAGAGUCUCUUAUUAACAUGGCUUAAUGCCGUCAUUUGUCCCCAUCUUCAAGAACUGCAUCUCGACAUUAAUCUAAUGUUUGGAAUUAACUUGCCUGAAGCCAUACUCACUUGUCCAUCACUAAAAUCCCUUACUUUAAAACGUGAGUCUUCUUUGUAUUGUUAUCCAAAGUUUCCAAAUGUUUAUCUGCCAUCCCUCAAGAACCUAGAGUUGGAUGCCCUCUCUGUGGACCCCAGCAAGCUUUUAUCCGGCUGCCCUGUUCUUGAAAAUCUUAAGCUUUUUCUACAAAGCCACGAUUUUUUUCCUGUUUAUGUACCCACAAUCCAUAUGCCUUGCGCAUUGAAAAGUUUAAUUUUUGAUGAUAACACUACCGUGCAUAAUGACAUUAGCCAUCGUGUGAUAGAUACGCCAUUUCUUGAAUACCUAGAUAUGAAAAUAAUCGUCACAUCUAAGCUACAGGUUUCGUUUAGCAAUUUUCCUAACAUGGUAGAGGCACAUCUUGAUAUUCUUCAUGAUGGUGUUAAGCAUUGCUUAUUUAGUGGUCAAGCUUUUAAGUUUCCAGAAUUUCCCGGUUUGCUCAAUCUAGAGCUUGAUGUUCCAAGUUUCAAAACGAAUUUCCUGCUAAACUUCCUUCAUAAUUGUCAUGUGCUUGAAUCUCUGGUGAUUCAUGAUGUUUUCGAGGUAUGA